AUGGAGCUAGGUAUAAGGCAUUGUAAUGCAUGAAGAUUAAACCACGCUUUGCAAAUGUAAAAGGUUGCAGCAAGUUUCAGCCAAAGGCAAGUGCUUAAUUUAAACUGAUUACAUUUGUAUUGUGUAUACACACCGUAGUGUUGAAGGGAGUCAACUGGUCCCAACUCUGUCCUUCAGGUCCAAAUGAUGUCCGCAUUCACUGGCAUAGGAAUGGGCACAGUGUGGACAGCCCUGUAAUGGAGUACCGUCGACCCCUGGGUCAGGACCAUGCACUGGUGAGCAGCUGGCUCCAAGAGGGGCCCCUGAUCAAGGAUGCCCAAUACCGUUGUGUGGCUAAGACCAGCACAGGAAAUGACAAAUCUGAAGUUAACCUCCAACUCCCCUUUGGAGAUGAAGACUCCAUUCCAUCAAAAUAUCUGAACAAGUGGAAGAGUGCACUUGUAGAGCAUGGACGGCUGCUUAAGAAAUGGGAGAAGGCUUGGGAAAGCUGUGAUGAGCAUUAAAAUGUGAAAAUGGCAGACAAUAUUUGUCUUGUUUUAAUGCGGUUCUUCUGGACCUGGGUUUUGACACAAAACCUGAAGUAGAUGCCCAAGUGUUUGGGACAAGAUGGGUGGGGCUAUUACAUUGAUGGAUGCCCCACAUGACCUGGUUAUGUCCUAUCAAAACAAAGAAGGUCGUGGUGUUUGGAGUUUAUGGAUAUGUGGUUUGUUUUUGCACGGAAUAUAUGACAUGAUGUAUGGUUACUUGAAGUAUACGUUAAAGCAGUAGAAACUGUGAAUGGAUUGGCCAACCUCGUCUUAAUGGCGACAGAUUAUCAUCAGAAAUCCAAACAGCUGCACAGCACUGGCAGUCUUCUACAGACGUUUUUUCAUCCAGCACAUUCUUAGUGCUUUCAAUGGAUUGUUUCUUUGACAGAUUGGAUUGCACUUUUGGAUUUAACUAGAAACAGGUUGGACUUUCGUGGCAGAACCAAGAGCUAAGUCAACCAAGGCAUCGUUGUACCCUCAGUAGAGAAAAUUAUAGUCAGGUGGCCUGUGAUUGCUCCAAGGCGUUCGCUGCCUCUACCACUGCUGCUGCUGCUAUGUUACAAGGGAGGCUAAUCAGCAGCGCUCAGCCACGUCUGCCAGCACACUUGUGAAAGAGGCAGGCUGUGUGCUCUGUGUGAGAGAGGAGGAGAGAGCUAGAGAGAGAAGGGCAUGCUUCACCGUACCAAAUACAACCGCUUCAGGAAUGAGUCAGUAACAUCCGUCGAUGAUCUUCUCCACGGUCUGUCCAUGAACCCCAAGGUCUCGGCCAGUCCCCAGCCUGCUGCCGAGACAUCUUACACACCCCCAUCUGAGGUACAGCCCACCAGUGCGAGCAGCACCGCCACUGGUCACAACUCCGACCACCUGGAGGAUGGAGGCACCACCCUGUGUACACUCAUCAACAAGGUGUCUAACCUAAAAUUCACCAACUCCGGCAGCUUGCUGGGUAUCAAGGGUUUGCCCUCGGCUGUCAAGGACCUGGCUGUGUCUAAGCUGCAGGGGGGUGGGGGCUCGGGCUCCGGCAGCUCCAGUGGCUCAGGCCCUGCUGUGACAACAACAGCAGCAGGAGCCUCUGGGGUGGGAGCCACUCACUGUAUUUCCCAGUCAGCCCCCUGUUCACAAAUAGCCACAGUGGUCAACAUGAGCAAGAAGAGCCGAGUGGAUGAGCUACUGCCUGGAACUGAGGACUGGCAUCCAGGUGGAAGGGACGGACUGGUCAGCAAACCAUCUAGAGGAUGGCUACACUCCAGUGAGAAGAUCUCAGGACCAGGAGUUACAUACAUUGUCAAGUAUUUGGGCUGUAUAGAGGUCCUACGGUCAAUGAGAUCUCUGGAUUUCAACACAAGGUCACAGAUCACAAGGGAGGCCAUCAGCUUGGUGUGUGAGGCUGUUCCUGGGACCAAAGGAGCUUUCCGCAAACGAAAGCCACCAUCUAAGGCAUUAUCCAGUAUCUUGGGGAAAAGCAACUUACAGUUUGCUGGCAUGUCCAUCAAUCUAAACAUUUCUACCAGUAGCCUGAAUCUGAUGACCCCUGACUGCAAACAGAUCAUUGCCAAUCACCAUAUGCAGUCAAUCUCUUUCGCAUCAGGAGGAGACCCUGAAACCACAGAUUAUGUUGCUUAUGUAGCAAAGGAUCCAGUCAAUAGAAGAGCAUGCCAUAUCCUGGAAUGUGCUGAUGGCCUGGCCCAGGACGUCAUCAGCACCAUUGGUCAGGCCUUUGACCUACGGUUUCAGCAGUACCUGCAGUGUCCUUCAAACAAGAUGUCCUCCACACAAGACAGGGUGUUAAACAUGGAAGACUUGCAGUGGACAGAGGAGGAGGAGGAGCCAGCAGAUCACCCAUACUACAACAACAUCCCUGGUAAAAUGCCACCGCCUGGAGGCUUUAUUGAUGCCCGACUGACCAAUCAAAAUACAGCACAUGAUGGCACUCAGAUGGCCCUUGGAGCUGUUGAUCAGACCUACUAUCAAGGACGGCAUUGUGGAGAAAACUGGGGAGAUGACAAAAGGCCUAUUUUCAUACAACAAGGAUCCUUUGAUAUAAGUGGUUUGCCUGACAAUAAAGGUCAGUCUACAAAGGCAGGAGAAAUGCCAACAUACAUGAACACCCAACAGAUUGAUGCCCAGGUGCUGGCAGCACUGCAUGCGGAAGCCGAAAGUGUCCCAAAGGGCAACUUUGCAACUGGAGCCAAAGAUAGCCCUCCCAAAGAUCUUUUUGACAUGAAGCCGUUUGAAGAUGCCAUUCAUUCCCAGUCGCACUCGCCAUCCCAGGUUCCUCCCCAGUCCCAAGUUUCUGGUCUCUACAAGGCUGCAUCUGUGGACAAUUCGAGCCCCCUUCUUGUGCGUGCUGUGGCCUUUCGGGCACAAGAGGAGCUAGAGGAAAAGCCCUGGUACCAUGGCAAAAUGAGCCGCCGGGAUGCUGAGAAAUUACUGAAUAAAGAUGGGGACUUCCUUGUUCGGAAAAGCACUACAAAUCCAGGAUCCUAUGUACUGACUGGUAUGCACAAUGGACUUGCAAAACACCUGCUGCUGGUGGACCCCGAAGGAACGGUACGGACAAAAGACCACGUGUUUGACAGCAUAAGCCACCUUAUUGGACAUCACCGUGACAACAAUCUGCCAAUUGUGUCAGCUGGGAGUGAACUAUGUCUUCUGCAGCCAGUGGAAAGAAAACAGUGAUACUUGGAAUGCAUGAUGGUAAAAAGGUACCAUCCGGAAACUUGAAUACAAGACAUUACUGGUUAACAGUAUCUUUACUGAAAGCACUGAAAGAACUAAGCAAGAUUUGUUAAAUUAUUUAUAGAACUGUUAUUAUUUUGCCGUGAUGACUGAAAUGCUAUAUUUUUUGAAAAGAUGGGUGCAUUUGGACAUAAUAUAUUGAUUUGGUGUUUUAACAGUUUAAAAAGAUAACUGUUCUUGUAAUUAAAGUUCAAAUUAUGCCUCAAAGAGGCAAUUACAAACGUA